CUCGUAAGAGACAAAUUCAUCAGAAGAAGAAGAAGAAGACAUCAUUUAGUACUUAUGACUCAUCACUUUCCUAUUUAUUCAAGCAGCAGGCCAGUUGGCAUCGACACACGGCAACAGCAGAUCGCCUCACCUCCAUGUUAUGGCAACAGCAGCUUGGAUUAAUGCUUAAUCUCGCUUUAGAAAAAGGUCCAAGUCUUGUCUUUCACACAGAGGAACUGUGAAGGUCAGAGCACUUCAGAAACACAUGAGCAUGAGGAGGUUUUUCAGAUCACAGCGGGACGAGGACUACAGUCAGAUCCAGUAUCUGACGGCCAAGUGCACGCGCCUGGCUCACGACAAAGCCCUUCUCGACAGGGAGUUUCUCUUGUCCAGAGAGCGGGAGAGGAAGCUGCAGAAUGACCUCAGCACCGUGACCUCGCGUCUCGUCCACCAGGAGCAGCUGAACAUGGAGCUGAGGAUGACGCAGGGGCAGCUCACCAGCGUGAUCCAGCAGCAACAGGACCUGGUGGUGUCGCUGCAACACCGCGUGGUCCUGCUGGUGGAGGAGAGUUCCUGCGACGCGGAGCUGCUGCGACAGGUCGGUUCAGAGCUGUUCUGUCUCCAGAGCUCCGAGGUCAAGCUGGAGGGCCUGGUGGACGAGCUCAACGCUGAGGCACAGCACAGAGCGGCCGUGGCAGAGAGCCUCCAAGUGGAGCUGCACGCUGAGGCCCAGCAUAGGGCGGAGCUGACAGAGGGCCUCCAGGCAGAGCUCCACAGGAAGACAUCGGAGCUGGAGGAGCUGGAGGUCAUCAACAAAACUCUGACAGACGAGUUGAAGGAUUUAAGUAAUGCGCAUCAGAAAGAGGUGAGGGCGCUGCAGCAGGAGAACGAAGGAAGCCUGAGGAAACUGCAAGAGAUGGCGGAGCAGUUUGAGUGGCUGUGUCAGCAACAGCGCUGCUGGAUGUGCUGCGUCAAGAGGUUCAAAGACUCUCUGAUGGAGGAGAGAGACGCUCUGCUGCAGCAGGUCAACAUGCUGGAAAAGGAAGCUGAGAAACUGAGGACGAGCUCUCAUGGCGAUGGUCCCAACCAGAGCCUCCGCUGCCCCCUGCAGGACACAGAGCGCUGUGACGGGUAA